CGCGAGCGGGAGCGAAGCGGAAAUUCAUCAAGAGCAGAAGGUAAAAAAGAAGAUUUGGAGCACUCAGAGCCAAGUUGAGGGUGUGAAGGUCUCACUACAUUCAUGCGCUUGGGUGGCUGUAGAAUCCACAGCCAUUGAAGUAGAUGGCAGAGAAACCCACGCGGGCAAUGAGACUGGCACAAGGUCCCAGGAGAGCGACUCUCUCAUCGAAAUAUCGGCAUCUACCCUUCGCAACCAAAAAGUCCCCCGGAUAGAGGGCUUGCGAAAGGACACUUCUGAUUAGUACUUGAUGAUGGAGGAAGAACUGACGCUGUUAAUCAGGAGAACUGGACAAAAAAAAUAGCACAAGACAAGACGCAGAGUAUGGAAGGGCGAAUAGCAGACAAAGAUGAGAUGAUUUGAGAGAGGGAUGCGUCUGAGACUUCCGCGCAGUGAUGAGGUUCGUAGAUAGCGACUAAGUGCACCCGGUAUCAUUUUCAAGUGAUCUCUCUGGUCCCCGAGACAUUUUGAGUCGUCAAGCUUUUGUGCAAGUCUGACGUUCGAAUGCACUGGUGAAC